AUGGUUGUUGCUACACCCUCCACACUCGCAUACUACUGCUCCGGUCAUGGAUAUGGCCAUGCUACUCGAGUCUCUGCGUUUACUCGAUAUCUCCUCAGCGGGAACCCGCUUGAAAGGCCCAUCGUAUACAUUGUAUCCUCAGCUCCAGAGCACGUCUUUUCCGACAGUAUUGCGUGCGGCGCAAAAUACAGAUAUGCAGAAAUUGAUCCAGUCAUCGUUCAGCCUUUGGCGUAUAGAGUCGAUCGUAGGCAAAGCGUCGAAGUGCUCAAAAAAUUCUUGAGCAAGAAAGACAACCUGUUAGAGCGUGAGCGACAAUGGCUUGUCGAGGUGAACGCUCACGGUGUCUUGAGUGAUGCUGCAUUUUUGGGAUGUCUUGCGGGAAGGGCAGCUGGCUUGCCCUCAAUUCUUAUAACCAAUUUCUCAUUUGAUUCGGUGUACUCUUACCUCUCGACUCCCCUAUUAGACAUUACCCAAACAUCCCAGAGCGGGGUUCCCAGCAUCCUCGACAUGCUCCCUGAUAUCCCGAUCCCAUACGACGAACUCGCUCCCCUCGUAGACCAAAUUCACGCCGGGUACCGUUGUGCAGACCUUCUAGUCCGCUUGCCAGGGUUCAUACCCAUUCCCUCGUUCUACAUCGAGCCGAGCCUUCCUUCUUCUGACUGGAUCGACGCCACGUCCAGAAGGAUGCACCCGGAUAUUCUAGAGACACUCAAGUCUUCGCGAUCUCGUACUCCCAACCUUCUCCCGUCCCUACCCCAAGCAAAGAAGACAACGCGCACCGUCAUCGACGCGCCGCUCCUUGUUCGUCCCCCGAGUUCCUCCUUAUCUGUUUACACACCACAAGGCCGAUCUAAACUACUUUCGUCCAUUGGCAUUCCCGUCGAGUUGCACGACGUAUCGAAGACAAAAAUUCUAGUCGUUUCUUUUGGUGGGCAGGUAUUCCGACCCCCUCCGAGUAGGACUUCGAGCAGGGCACACAGCAGAAAUGCAAGCAAUGAAAACAUUGCGAGUUUGGUAUCGACUCCCGUCAAGGUAAAGCCGGGAGGCAUGGGUAGGUAUUAUCGGCACACUACUCCUUCGCCUCGUACUCCUUCGAGUCCUCGAAGCCCGACACCUAAAGCACGCGGUUUUAGUGAUCACCCUCUUUCGAGGUUGGCUACACCCAAUCACAUAUGGAUCCCAGGCGCACCUCCCGCAUCGAAACCCGCUGCGCAAAACGCCAUAAACACGUUGGAAAUUGAGAGCACGCCCACUCUAAACACCAUUCCCCCAACGCCUGACAAUGAUUUUGAUCCAUACACUUCAUCGUUCUCCUAUAUGCGGGAUGCUCUUGCUGACAAUGACGAGCCAGAACCCACCAGUCCGGAUGACCUUAACAGCAGCGGCAACUCCAGCUCAGACUCAUCGUCGCUAUCGCUCUCAACUGACUCUGAAUCAGAUUCGGAUACCGAUUUGGAUCUCCACACCGCUGAUCAUGAGCAAGAGGAACAAGUACAACAGCAGCUUCUCCCUGAUCAUUCCUGGAUUGCAAUUGUCUGCGGGGUGUCUAAGGAACAGUGGGGUACGGAGAAGGAAGAAGGGCUGCCUGAGGGAUUCUAUGUUGCACCUAGGGAUGUAUACAUGCCUGAUCUCACUGCGGUCGCCGACGUGUUGCUUGGGAAAUUGGGGUACGGAACAGUAUCAGAGUGUGUUGAUGCCUGCACUCCGUUUGUUUAUGUUUCCCGUCCCCUUUUCAUAGAGGAACAUGGCCUACGCCUUCUGCUUGACACUGAGGGAGUCGGGGUAGAGCUCUCACGCCAGUCUUAUGAGGCAGGUAACUGGGCUAAGGCGGUGGCUGAGGCAUAUGUAAAUGGUAAGCCGGCAAAGGACGCGAAGAGGAUAAUCAUGGGUAAGGAUGGUGAAGGGGCAGACAGAAACAUAAGAGAUAAAGAGGGAAAGAUUCUCGCGGAUAGAAAGAUUUCUAAUGUCCCACCUCACCAAGGCUCUCUCGGACAAUCCACCAAAUCGUCCUGCAUCUCAACCCCCGCUAUUGCCUGCAUUCUCGACGUCUGCACGAACAUCACUCUUAUCCAACACCCGACCAUCGUCGAUACCACCAGGAAGAGUCCAUGGUCAAAAGUCGGAGGACAGCUUAAUGGAGGCCACGUCGUUGGACCUGACGGAUUUGCUCCAGCGCUCGGAGCCUUCGGUGGUGAAGACGAGAUCAGGAAGCGUGUUGUCGAGGGGGUUCAUCUUGAAAACGGACCAUUAUCCGUCAGGUCAGUGUUCAUAUCUCUACGUAUAUCUCAUGGGGCCGACGUCUUCCAAGGCCGAGCUCUGGAUCUGGAUCUCAAUGUUCAUGGCGCACCGAACUUCAGAGCACCUCGACAUGGCGAUCUCAACGUGUUUGGUGCUGCUCAGCCUCGCACACAAGGCCUCAGGGCCAUUCUUUCUAUUCUGAGAUGUAGACCUAACACUCCCAAUCCUGCACAUGUUGUUUGGUUUUCCACUCGUGAAGAGCCGAUAAUUUACAUAUCGGGACGACCUUUUGUACUCAGAGACGCAUCCGAACCACGACGCACACUUGCCCUUUCCGACAGAGCCGAGAACCUGGAGGCGAUAGAGAACAGACUGAAGAAUGAUAUCCUUGCUGAGGCCAUGAGAUAUGGCGGCGUUGUACUCACACACAAUGAAGUCGCCGCAGAUAGUGGGGAGGGUGCCAUUCUACCGACAUGGACUGCAGUUGACAGCGGGAAUGUAAAAACGUGUCGGGAACUUUGGGGGACGAUGAAAGACGCUGGCUGGAAUGUUGAUCUACUUAGAAUUCCCAUUUCUCCCGAUCGACCAAUCGAGGAUAACUAUCUGGACGCGUAUUUACGCGUUAUUCGCGACACAGACCCGACCAAGACUGCCUUGAUGUUCUCUUGUGGCAUGGGUGCUGUCCGUACAACUUUUGCCAUGGUGGCUGCGUCUCUUGUUAGGCGGAAACAGAUUAUGAACGAAGGCGGGCCCGAUCCCUAUGCUAUUAAGCCAACGGGGAGCAGCACGAAACCUCUUUCUUCGAGUCCCGGACCCUCUACGUGGAACGUAAUUAUUCACGAUGUCACCGUUCAAGGGCUCCCUGAACAGCAAACGGAAAGCCGGAUCCUACAAUCUCUCGAACAAGCCAAUGCACAGCAAGAGUUGAACAAGUCCCUUCUUCGUCUGACCUAUCUACUCCAGAAAUGUCUGAAGGAUAACAACACUCAAUCAGCAAUCGAGCUUCUGAUGACCCAGCCCACCUUGUUGGAGAACCUGCGUAAAGCUUACAUGGGUAACUAUGGUGUCAUUCUCAGUCUGCUUGGCUGCUUGGAUAAUGGAUUGCAGGCGAAGCGUCUGGUGGAUCGGGUUAUUGAUACAGCUGACCAGGUCACAAAUCUGCGCGAGGAUAUAUUAACAUAUAGGCUGAGAUAUUCGCUGACGAGUUUGGAUGAGGCCCAAGGGGAGGACUUUUUGGAUAAGGGAAUGAGAGCUUUGGAGAAAUACUUCUUCAUGAUUGCUUUUGCUAGUUUCGUAGAGACCUCAGAUGCACACUUCAGCCAGAGUUUCUCUGACUGGCUCACGGCAAGGACAGAAAUUUGGACACAAAUUAAAUUCCUUCGCAAACAAUACGGAUCCAGACUAAACGUCUUCGCACCCGUGAACGAUUUGUCUUCUUUGUCCAAGUCCAGUUCGACGACGAGAUCGCUUUUGCCAGGCAAGAAGAAUGAUGUCGCUAUCUCUGGAGGCCAGAUUCUGGGAGACGAAUAUUCUGACCAUGUAGUCAAGAACCGAAGUGGUAUCAUUCUCCGCGAAAGCACCCUUCUCAAAUCUGACCAAUGGAUCGGCGAAUCACACCACGUUGAACAUGGUGUGCGCGGUGCUAUCAAUUUCCGCCAGGUCCCCGACACGGAUAUAUACGCGCUGGGCCAGCCUACUAUUGCGGCUAUUGAUGAAGUCGUUGAGCGGGUGCAAACCUCACACCCGGGAGCGCAGAAGAUCAUCUGGAUCACGCUGAGGGAGGAGCCAAUUGUGUACAUCAAUGGCGCACCGUAUUGCCUGAGGAGAGAAAACUAUUCACUGAGGAAUAUGAAAGACUAUGGCGGGAUCUCCGCGUCGAGGUUGGAAAUUCUUGAGGAGAGGCUGAAGGAUGAUGUCAUUGCGGAGUUGAAUUCAUUUGGUGGACGACUACUGCUACAUACAGAGACUAGUGAUGGAACGGUGGUUCCAAUUUGGGAAGAAGUGCAACCAGAAAAUGUUGUAGUAUUGAAGGAUGUUAUGGCUUCCCGGCGCGACGGGAAGCAUAUAUCUCUACAGUACAAUCGUAUUCCUAUCACAGCAGAGAAACCGCCCGAUUUCUCUGAUCUCAAGGACCUCAUUGAUGUCAUGGUCCGGGCGUCUCCCAACACCCCCAUUGUAGUAAAUUGCCAACUUGGACGAGGAAGAAGCACUCUUGCUUCGAUUAUUUUGCUACUUAUUCGGGAGUGGCUCCAAGUGCACCGCCCCAUGACACCGAUGUCGCCUCGACUUGCCAAACGCUCACUGUCCAUGUCUAUGACUCUGAUGGAACCUGUCAAAGCACCAAACAGGCGCUCAUAUCAGGUCAUAAAUAACUUGCUGAGAGUAAUCCGCAAGGGCCCUGCAGUAAAAAGUGCAGUUGACGAUGCCAUCGACCGAUGCUCUGCUGUCUAUAAUCUGCGAGACGCCAUCGAAACUGCGAGGAUUCGUGCAGAGGAAGCGACGGAUGACAAGCAAAGACGUGUCCAUACAUCGAAAGGCUUGCAUAAUUUGCGCCGAUAUUUUGAGCUGAUUGUAUUCCAGUCGUACCUUCAGUCUAUCGAGCCUGAUACUAUGCAAUCCUUCGAGAACGUGGAGACAUUUGUAAAGAACAGACCUGUCAUCAAAACUUUUGAAAAGGAAAUGUUGGAGGAGGGAAUAAAUGCGUUGAAGCCCUUAGAGAGGGCCGAUACUAAGGCUGGGGUGGCGGACCCAGACGAGGUAACCAAUGUAGUCGUCAACAGAUCUGGGAGCAUUCUAUCUGCAUCUACAAUUAUCAAGUCCGACUUCUUCUCGAAUCUGCAAAAAAUGACACUCCCCGAACGUAUCGAUGGUGCACCCAAUUUCCGCCGAGUCCCAAUGUCGUUAAGGCCAACAUCCUCGGCAUCCUCAGGUUCAUCAUCCCCGUUGGAAGGCACCGAGUUCAUCAUUGAAGAAGGUGGUAAGAUGGUAUGCGGGAGUGGCAUGCCCACUGUCGGAGGAUUGAAACGAGCGCUUGAGAGAGUGGACGCGGGGCCCGGAGGGUCAAAUAUGGUUUAUUGGACGUCAUUACGAGAGGAGCCCGUCAUCUACGUGGCGGGUCGUCCUCACGUUCUACGGCUAGUUAACCGACCUUUGGAAAAUGUCGAGGCCACAGGGGUGACCACGGCCAUGGUGGAAAGCAUGGAGCAAAGCUUUAAGAAAGACGUUCUCCGAGAGCUUCGCAAAGGGGAUGGUCGUAUUUUGCUUCAUGAUGAGGUUGAAGAGAGACCUGGAGUAUUUUCCAUCAUUCCAAUCUGGGAGGUUGUAUCUGAAGACGAGAUCAUGACGCCAAGGGAUGUUUUCAAUCUAGUAAUCCAGAACGGCUAUCGUAUUGACUACGGGCGGGUUGCGAUUACCGAUGAGCAGGCGCCACUACCUGACGCAUUGGCUCAGCUGUUGAAUCGAGUGCGGUCUGGCAUGUCCCAAGCCGGUGAUUUUGUUUUCAACUGCCAGAUGGGAAGGGGCAGAACAACAACGGGCAUGAUCACCGCUUGUCUCAUCUCAUCAACUAUGCAGUGGCAAAAUUAUAUGAAUGAGGUCACUGCCGAGGAUGAAAUGUCUCCAAACCUGUACGAUACUAUGGAUGGACCAUCAGAGGAGGAAGUGUAUCUUGCAGGAGAAUAUAAGACAAUUUUACAACUCGUCGGUGUACUUUCACACGGAAAAAUUGCGAAGCGUUUGACAGACCGAGCAAUCGACCUGAUGCAAGAUGUUCAGAAUUUGCGAAAGGCGAUAUAUGAUUAUAAGCUAAAGGUUGAUGCCUGUGAAAAGGGUAGUAUCAAGGAGCAAAAGUUGAGGAAUAUCACUGUGAACUACUUGUACCGUUACGGCACCUUGAUCGUCUUUGCCAAUUACCUCAUCGAAAUGAGGGAACCAAGAAACGGUCCAGAGACCACGUUCCCCGAAUGGCUUCACGAACACCGAGAAAUUACAAAGUUGCUUGGUAGGAGGUCGUUGGAUUGA